AUGGGUUCAGUGGAUAUGCUACGUGCAUGGUUGACCGGGCUCUGGAAUAUCAUAGCCGUCCCUACGAGUCUAACCGCCACAGGGGCUGUCAUUCAGUAUUUGAGACCGGGCCUAAACGUUGCAAUAUGGAUUGCAGAUUUUGCAACUGUUGUAAUAGCUAUUAAUGUCCUGCACGUUGGGAUCUUCGGUGAAAUCGAGUUCUGGGCAGGAGGAAUAAAGGUCUGCAUCAUGGUCAUUCUCAUUCAAACCUGCUUCAUCAUUGACGUCGGCAGAGACUUUAGUCAUUACACAAAAGCAAGAUAG